AUGGCUACACACGAGCAGAAGAUCAGGAGUCUGGGACAUGUUCUGGUGACGGGCGGCUCUGGAUUCCUGGGCAACCACAUUGUGUCGCUGCUUGCGUCCCGGAAAGCGUGCGAGAAGAUCACCGUCCUCGACCUCAAACAGCCUGCGGAUCCCGUCAAUGGCGUCGACUACCAGGCUGGCGAUCUCACCGAUCCUGACGCCAUGCUCAAGUUUUUCCGCUCCAGAAAGUUCAGCACAGUCAUCCACACUGCCAGCCCAGUCAUGACGGCAAGCAAGAACCAGGAGUUGACAUACAAGGUCAAUGUGGAGGGUACCAAGGCAUUGGUCAAAGCAGCGCAGGAGACUGGUGUGAAGGCAUUUGUCUACACCUCUUCCGCCAGUGUUAUUCAUGACACCCAAAGCGAUCUCGUCAAUGCUGACGAGAGAUAUCCUUUGAUCAUGGGCAAGGAACAGCCAGAGUACUACACCACAACGAAGGCUCAGGCCGAACUUUUCGUGCUCUCGCAGAAUCGCACGGCUGCUUUCCCCACCUUCUUGACGACAGCAUUACGCCCUUCGGCUAUGUUUGGAACUGGAGAUGUGCAGCUCAUUCCUCCGGGUCUGUCCGCAUACUAUCGAGGCCAGACGAAAGUACAGAUCGGCCCCAAUGAGAAUCUGUUCGACUUUACCGAGAUCACCAACGUUGCUCAUGCGCACCAUCUUGCGGCUGCUGCUCUUCUGGCCACCCACGAACGCGCCGCACAAGGCCUAGCAGCACCUCUGGACCACGAGAAGGUUGACGGCGAGGCUUUCUUCAUCACCAAUGACGCGCCGGUCUACUUCUUCGACUUUGCACGUGUGUUGUGGGCUGCUGCUGGAGACAGAACUACUCCAGACCAGGUCUGGUGUCUCUCUAAAGAUCUUGGACUUUUCCUUGCCACUCUUAUGGAGUGGAUAUACUUCAUCUUCCGACUCGGCAAACCCAACUUGACGCGACAGCAGGUCAGAUACACUUGCAUGACCAGGUACUACAACAUCGACAAGGCGAAACAGCGACUCGGGUAUAGGCCUCUUGUUGGAUUGCACGAGGGAGUCAAGAGAGGAGUUGCAGAUGCGCUAUAUCGAGGUGUGGUAGUGGGACAACCGCCAGAGCUGAAAGGCAAGAAAAUACAGUAG